UCCUCACCUGUCGAUAAUUUGUUUCAGAUUUCAACGUUCACAAUAAGCAAGAUGAAUAUGACAGAACACAUGCAUCAUAUGAACCAUAUGGGAACCACUGAGAUGGAUCAUAGUGGCAUGGGUCAUAAUAUGGGUGGCAUGGAUCAUAAUAUGGGUGGCAUGGACAAUAAUAUGGGUGGCAUGGAUCAUAGUAUGCACAUGAAUACUACAAAAUGUGGAGAGGGGAUGAUGGGAAUGAUGAUGUAUUUCCACACAGGGACGUGUGAACAUGUUCUGUUCAAAGAGGCUCUAGUAUCUACAGCAGGAGAAAUGGUUGGUGCUUGCAUAGUCAUAUUCAUCCUAGCGCUAAUCUAUGAAGGCUUAAAAGUUUUUAGAGAACAUCUCCUACGGAAAGCAUUGACACCAAACUAUUCCAGUGAAGCUACCAUCUCAAAAUAUACUCAUACAUCAACAGAUACAAUGGUGAUAGAUCCACAGUCAGCAAAAUCUAAUGGGCAAACAGUUGAAAAACUUGCUGAUGGCAUUGAGUAUCGUAAAUUUACACAAGAUAAAAUAAAUGGGCAAAAAAUAAUAAGUACAUCACACUUCAUACAGACGAUUCUACACGUAGUACAAGUGUUUAUCAGCUAUUGCCUUAUGUUGGCGUUUAUGACCUACAAUGUAUGGUUGUGUUUAGCUGUCAUUUUAGGAGCUGGGGCUGGUUAUUUUAUGUUUGGAUGGAAACGAGCGGUUGUUGUCGAUGUCAACGAACACUGUCAUUAGCACAAAUUACAUUAUUAAUACCAGUAUAUAUAUAAUGAAAGAUUAUAGCAUAUUUCACUUCGAAAAUAAUGAUACCAAUUGUCAACCCUUAACCAAUUUACAUAUGCCAAAUAAUCAGGCAUUUUCUUCCAGGUGGCAAGAGGAAAAAUUUCCUUCAUUUUGGAGUUUUUAAGCUACAAAAAAGAAUAUUUUUAAAAAAAUCACUUACAAAUGAAAAAGUUAGGAAACAUUUACAUGUACCUGGUUUUCAUAUACUAUCAUUCCUGGGUAAGUUGGUGAAGGGAGAUAACCUAUACUGUAAAAAUGUUCCCAAGUACAGGAAAUAUAUUGUUCAUCGAAUGAUGUUUAUUGAUACACUUAUGUGAUCUAUUUCAAUUAUGUAUAUUGAAUUCAUUCAGUAUUUAACUAAUAUGUAACAAUUUGUUUUGUUGGUUGCAAAUUUCUGUGAUUUUUUGUAUGAUAAAUUUUAUAUAUUGACAGACAUGAAGAUUAUAUUUGUGAACAAUUCCUUAAAGUAAACUAUUGAUGUAUAUUGACUGAGCAUUUUAAAAUAGCUGAAGAUGGAGUUUUUACUGUGUUCGAGAUUUUUUUUAUGGAAAUAAGAUUUUGAGUGAAAAAAGAAAUUGUUUGUCCUAAAAACUGAUUAUUUUCUUUAACAGAAGAAUUUCUAGAUUGUUUAUAAGAACCACAUUUACAUGUCAGUUUUAAACCAUUUUGAAAAAAUGUGACAUACACUAUAUGUAUUUUAUAAAGAGGGACCAAAAUUUUUCUCAUCUAUCAAUUAAAAUAUGUAAAUUCUAUACAGUGCCAAUAUCUCAUGCAGCAAUAAAUUUUUCAUUUUCAGAACAUUUUAUAUCUUUUGUGCCAUUGAAUUUUCAUCCCAUUCAUAUCAUAUUCAUAUAUUAUAUAUAUUUGAUUAAUUUGUUAGGUUGUUUGUGGUUGCAUAUACAAAUGUAUAGAAUUUGUUGAGUUCAGUAGAAAUAUUGAAAAUUUCUUAUAAUGCAGUAAUAUUGAAAAUUUCUUACAAUGCAGUAAUAUUGAUUAUUUUAUUAAAUGACACAACAUUUUAUUGUGUAUUUUUAUCACUGGAUGGAAAGAAUGUUUCACUUUAUUUGGAAAUAUCCAUUAGGAAUUUAUGUGAGGAUUUGAAGGAUACUAGGUAUUAGAGAAUGAUCAUAAAGGUUCUUUCAUUUCAAAAUAUUAGAUUCAGCCUUCAUGAUAAUAAUAGAUGGAUACCAGUAGCUGUCGAGAGUGUUGUGGAGAUUUUCACCUCUUUUGAAGCUAUGAAUGAUAUUUAUUAGCAAUUUUGAACAAAAUUUGAACCUUUUCUGUUUCCAUUUUAGUCUUUAAUUCAAUUUUUAGCACUUAUAUUUUUAGCUUGUAUAUUCCCCUCGGUACUUACAUCUGACAGUUGGAAAAUUCAUAAAAAAAUACAUGACUCUAAGAUCUGUUGUAGGAUUAGAUAUUUUAUUUACUGUUAAAUUUUUUAAGAAUUUAAAGUAAAAAUCCCACCGGUAGUUUAUUGUGCAAAUGUCUCUGCAAAUACUAAAUAUUUUAGUUAAAACUCAUCAUAGAAAGUUAAAAGUUAAGAACACAAAAAACUCAUUUGAAUUUCCUGAAUGAAUGUACAUUGUAUAUGAUAAAUCUUUCUAAUUGUAUUUUAAUUGAAAUUAAUUGAGGAGGGCUGUAGCUAGGUUUUAAAAUGUACCAAUGUGGUCAUUGGGGUAAAUUUUUUCAUUAAAAUUGACUAUGAAUUGAGGGGAGAAAUUAGGAUGCUAUAAAAUAUGAAACCUGUAUUAAUCUUUUAAAGAGUAAAGUCACAACCAUAACUUGCCUCCAGGCCACCUCCUUAGUAAUGGUCCCUAUUAAGGCUUCAAUGGCUGUAUGGACAGGUACUAUGUAAAGACAUGUUUUUAUAAACUUAUCCUUUAUGUUUCAUUGGUUAGUAUGAUAAGGUGAAAAUGUAGAGUGUGAUAACAGAUGUUGUAGAAAUCAUCCAUUGGUUUUUUAAUUUUUUUGUUUAUAAUUUAUAUUUUUUGGGCUGUGAUAGUCCUGCUACAAGGUCACAAAUUUUGUGUUAUAUUUUAUUGAUAUACAUUUAUUUUUACAUCAAAGGAGAUAAUUAUUUUACAUCAAAUUAUUAGAAAUAAAUAUUUCACAUCAUCUUAUAAUAAUUAUACUGUACUUUCAGAAAUUAAUUUUUGUAUGCUUUUCUUAAUGUUACUUAAAAGCUCUUCAAAUAUUCCGGUUCUUAUACACCCCUGGUUUCAAAAAUUCGGCUUUGAGUGUUCCUGAUGAAGGUAAAUCCUGAAAAGCGCUUCGGACGCAUGGCUAUAAUGUGUUGUUUUCAUUUUUUAACAAAAAUAUGUCUGGCCUUGAGGUCAAGGGAGGUCUCAUUAAUUAGAAUCUAUUAGUAAAGAUUUUUUCAGUUUAUCACCACUACAAUAGGGAGGACUUUGCAUGCAAAAAAUUGCAGUUGCAUAUAGCUACAAUAUGUAAUAGUCUGUCAAUGAGUCUUGGAAGGUAGAUGGUGUUCUCUAAGACAAUGAUUCCCCAACCAGUAAAAACUUCAUACCCGUAAUUAAAAUAUUUAGAGCAAUAAUUGAAAAACUAGUACAGAAAAUAAAAUGAGCUGUUUUCUGUAAAUAUGUUACCUAUCCUGUUGGAUUGAUAUAGGAAGAUGUGGUAUGAGUGCCAAUGAGACAACUCUCCAUCCAAGUUACAAUUUACAAAAGUAAACCAUUAUAGGUCAAGGUACUGCCUUCAACGGAUUGUUUACAUUAUUAAGAAUAUCACAAUUAUUUCUGAAUUUACAGUAUAUACAUUGUUAAUAAAAUAACAAUAAAAUAUGUUUUUUAUCAUUUGUUCUGUGAACAUUAGAUUUUCUACAUAAUAUAUAAUAUAUGUAUGAUGAAGAUAUUUUCAUUUUCUGUGUAAGGUUCUAUGUAUGAACUUAUUUGGUGGAAUUUAGUAGUAUUAUUCAGAAAGAUGCAUACAUGUAUAUUUUAUAUAUUUAUUAUAAUUCAUAAGGUGAAAUUUAAAGAAGUUAUUGAAUGAACUCAAAAUGUUUUUAACAUAUCAUAUUUUCAUGUGAAAUACUGGCAUACAAAUUUACUGAAAGCUUGGGAACAAAAAGUUCUCCUUAUUAAACAUAUACACAUCCACAUGUAUCAAAAUAUCUCAUUUUUCACAAUUAGGUAAAAAAGGGAUGGAACAAUAAAAUAUCCUGGCAAAUCAUAAAAAGGAGCAUAUUUAGCACAAAUUAAAAGGUGUAUUUAAGACUUAAAUCAAAUGGAUUUAAAACUGAUGACGGAAGAGACACUUUUAGGGCAUAUACAGUUCUGUAAAUUUACCUAAAAUGAAAGUUGGUAUGCUACCGUCAACUGAUGGCUGUGUAACCAAUGAAAUGGAAAUAUUUUGAAUAAAACAGGAGUGGUUUUAUUGAAGUCCACAGUUUAAACAUUUCACUAUGCUAAUUUAAAAACAUUAAAAAUACAUUUGAUUUUAGGGCCAUCGAGGACCAAGAUUAACCAUCUUUUCAUGUUGUCCAUCUGUUAGUGUAAUCUGUAAUAUUAUUGGAUUAGGCACUAAAAGGUUUUUAUUUAUUUAACUACACAUCUACUAUAAAGGACCAGAAAAAUCAAAUCCAUUAUUGUGUGUUUUAACUUUUAAAAUUACAUGAAUAUUGAAACUGUUUAUAAUAGAAAUUUAUAUUAAGUGUGAUGUACUAAUACUUUGGUAUAUAUAUGUUGGUGCUACUAUCCACAAAUAAAAUAUUAUUUUUUGUCAAAGUAGAUAUGAUUUGAACAUCGCAGAGAAACUUGCAAAAAAGACAUGUAGAGAUCACUAUACAGCUUUUAACAAUGGUCAAGACAAGGUGUAAAUAAUUCAACAGAAAUUACCAACACCAAUUUAAAAGACAACAAAUGAAGGGACAGGUAAUCACUGAUGUCAUUCAGACUCAACAUGGCACAUGUGGCAGUGUUAAACUAAUCACCCCUUUUAUCUCAAGCAGUGAAGGGACAGGUAAUCACUGAUUUGAUUCAGUUUCAACAUGGCACAUGUGGCAUUGUUAAACUAAUCACCCCUUUUAUCUCAAGUAGUGAAGGGUAAGAUAAGCAACACGACGGGUGCCACAUGUGGAGCAGGAUCUGCUUACCCUUCCGGAGCACCUGAGAUCACCCCCCAAGUUUUUGGUGGGGUUCGUGUUGCUUAGUCUUUGGUUUUCUAAGUUGUGUCAUCUGUACUAUUAUUUGUCUGUUUGUCUUUUUAUUUUUGGCCAUGGUGUUGUCAGUUUGUUUUCGAUCUAUGAGUUUGACUGUCCCUCUGGUAUCUUUCAUCCCUCUUAUAUAGUUAAAAACAAACAAGGAAUAAUAAACCAAGGAAAAAAACACAAGUCAUUGAAAUAAGUAUUACAGAAUACUAAAAUACAACAAAAUACUUACAAAUAAAUAUUGCAUGGUAUCAUUGGUUGCUUGCAUAUAGUGAGAGCAAUCUUAACUAUUUAUGACAAUUAUGAGACAGUUGUCACUCCAUUUGUCAACAAAUCCUGUUUUCAAGCAAUUCCUUAUCAACCAUUAAAUGUGGAUAUCAGCGAAACUUUCAUAAAUGUGCAUGAAGAAAAAUAAUUGUCUCAGGGUUAUUUAAAGGGAUUUGGCUUAUCCGUUUGUGGUCUGGCUUACAGCACCUCUAGUUUUUCUAUAAAUAGUCCCUGUACAUAGCUGUCUGUUUAAAUAAAAGAAGGCAUGAUACACAUUCAUUUUCUAUGUGCAUUACAGAUGCUACAUUUUUGUUUGAUAUCAUUAACAAAUAUUACAUAAAUGGUAUUGUAAAAACAGUAUAAAGAAUGAUGAAAUAUAUAAUGCAUGUAAUCAAGUAGUCAAAUUAACACACCUAUGAUAUAUCUAGACAUUCUAAACAAAAUCAUUGUGUAUGUCUUUGGGGCCAGAAAGCUUGAAAAGACAAUACAUUCAUAAUGUACUUUAGAUUAUUCAACAAAGUAAACGAUUCAUAUACAAAAUACUAGUGCAAAGUAGAACUUUGUAAGACAGUUUUCUGGCCUUAAAACUAGAGAUGUAUUCUCACUGAGAAAGUGUUGUUGUUUUUAAAUAAAUAUAUAUUUUCAGUU